AUGCUGUCUAUUUCUCAUCCAAAUGGAGAAGAAUCUCCGCUGACUGAACAGAAAUUGGCGUCUGUUGAUGACGACUCAGAGAUGUUGUCUGAUUCAACAUCCGACAUUUUAUCCGUUGACGAUGUCCAAAAUAUCCGAAUCCUGAACGGAUUUUCACUAAGCCAGUACAAGCACUUACGAAAGUAUAAAAGACCUAAGGGUCUACCAAAUGAGGACACUUUUGUCGACGGUCGAUCCUCUGCCAGCGACAAGUCAUCCAAAUCACGCAGGAAUACUUCAACCUCUUCCCAUUCGACGGAUGUUAUGUUGGAUUUACCAAAGUCAAAGGAGGAUGUGGUGCCAGAUGUCAAGCUGCCAAACUUUGAGGAAACUAUUAUCGAGGGGUUUUCUAUUAUGGCCUUUCAAACAUCGGAGGAAAUGGAGGGCAUCUUUGCCUGCCCUCUGUUGAUGUACAUCACGAGACUGUGGCAGUUAAUUUUUGAUGAGAGGGGCAGGAAAGGCAAACCUCCAUUUGACAAUCGAUUAUUCGGUCAGUGGGAGGUGCCAUGUGUUUCUUCGAGGCGCGUGCAGCCUCUCCCCGCCUCCCUUCCUCCCUCCCGCCCUCUCUGCCUACCCCCGCCUCCUCUCCCCCUCACAUACGCGUCACCCCCACCUCCCCCCGCCAAUUCGGAGGCUUGUCGCGUGUGCCCGCCAGCCAUGACACCCAACCCCCGCCUACCCUUCCCUCCCCCUUCCGCCAGCGACGACGACGGCGGCGGCCAUCUUUUUCUUCGCCGCGUCUGCCUGGAAGAGGGGAUGUGGGGAUAUGGGAUGACCUCGAUUAGCAUUCGCCAGGGUUUAUGCUUGUACAAUCACCAUGGUGUCUGGCUUCACGUGUCGUCUCCCAGCAGUCUUCUUUGUGGAAGAUCUUCCAGCCAACCAGGAAAGGGGGAAGUGUUCGGUGACCUUCUAGGUGUUGUUGCCACCCUCUUCUUAGUCAAUCAAACCAGCACCGGCGUAUUGAUUGGUACUCUGUGGUCACUUCAGAUGUGCUUUCAAUCAAACCAGUACCAGCGUGUUGAUUGGUGCUCUGCGGUCCUGGUCUUCAACAAAUUCGAGGGUGGCUCGUUUACCUGUAUGGGUUCGGUUUUGCAUUUGUUUGUUUCUUUGUUUGUUUGUCUGGCUGUCUCAGAGGUGAAGCAGCCUGGGGGUGUAUUUCCUUUGCACGCGCGUCUCACCCGCCUGUGCUGUGGGAAGCAAGAGAGCGCCGCAUCGAUCGCAGAUGCCUCUGAAAUGGAGUGUCUUGCCCCCUUUCUCUCUCUUUCUCCCUCCCUGUGUGUUGUGGUUGUGCCUGGCAUUUCUCCUUGUUUGCAUUCUGUCUGGCACUGCGUCAGCGCCGUCUUCGUAGCAUCUUUUAUCAUCUUCCAGCCUCCCACAGACCUCGACUCCAACGUCGAGCACUCGUCAGCAGUGCACGAGGCAACAACACGUCAUGUUCGACUUCCUUUUCUGGAAAACGCGUCUCUCUGCUUGUGUGUUUAUGCGCUUCAACGACCACCGCCACCACCGCCUUACUCCGUAACCGCCACCGCCACCACCACCACCAUCAUCGUCGGUGAUUCAUCUCUGCGCGCAUGCCAGGCACUAACGCCACUCCUCGUUAUUGCCACUGCGUUUGCGUGCGUACCGGGGUGUUGUCUGCUUAAGCUCCACUUAUUACCCCCGUGA